AUGUCUACUGCUGUCUGGCCGCCUAUCGACAAUGAUCAGCUAACCCGCGAACAGGCGGCUUCGCAGGCCCGCGAGCUGGAGUGGCUGCUUGUGCAGCUGCGCGACACGUUGCAGUCGCUGAAAGCUGGUAUCGAGGAAUGCGCAGCUCUUCUUGCACCGUCAGAGAGCGGCUCGACUUUGGUCCUGUCGUCCCUGCGCUCUGAGAGCCUGAAAGGUCUCGUUACGCGUGUGGGAACUCGCAUUGUCAAAGGCAAUGUGAAACUCCGGCUGGCAAGCCUGCCGCCGCCGCGCGGAGCAGCAUCGGUAGACCUGGCCAUCUCAUCUGCACCGCAAGCGCCAACGCUCGUGGUCCCCCAACUGACUGCGAUACGCACCGCGAUCAAUACAUGCCUCGACGUUAUCGACGUAACCACAUGGACCGGCGACGCGACGGAUGCCAAUUUCGUCGCUGGACAGCUGCGCCUACUGCACGAUCACAUCUCGGAAGCCCGCCAGGCGCUCAAGGGAUACUCAGAUACUCAGCCAGCGUGGUGGGAGAACCCACUCGAUGAGCACAUCUUUGAUCCGCCACUCCCUGCCAACGUCUCAUUCCAUCUAUACGUCUUCGACGCUGCCUUGGUGCUUGAAAUCCGCACGCUCGAGGAGCAAAGUGCUGCCGCCGACGAGGGUUACACUGGCUUCAACCUGCGGGAUCGCCUGUACGGCGCUCUUGGUGGAGCGCGUGCGCCCGCCCACGACGAGGCCGAUCAGGUCUUCGAAUUCCGCAAGAAGGAUGUGCGUGUGAAAGAGAAGAUUCGAGUUGAAACCCAGGACCCAGCUCUCAUUUCGGCUAUGGCGAAGCUGAAUGCGCUGGAACACAAUGUACUGCUGAGCCGCAAGGCUCUGCACAUCGUCAUGGGCAAGGAAGAGCAACUGGAAUGA